AUUGGCUGUCGAUCUGACAAAUAAAAUAUUAACCAUAGCCAGGCGCAGGGGGCUUGUUCUGUGUGUCCACCAGUGCGUUAACCUUGUAUCGAGGGGUUUACAUUGUCAUGUCCGAAGGUCACUACACUCUGCCUGCGCGUCUACUAAACAGCGUCCACGCAUGAACAUGGAAAUCGCAACAGUAAAUGCUCUUCCUUACGAGGAUUUUGUGAAUAUUUUCGGCAAUGUGGUGGAGAAAUGUCCCAUCAUAACAGCCGCUGUGUGGUCGAGGCGUCCAUUUGUGAGUUUGGGUGCUUUUGAGGCUGCCAUCAGUGAGUUCAUUGAUGCUCUGCCAGAAUCAGGUAAAGAGGGGAUCCUCAGGUGUCACCCGGACCUCGCGGGCAGGGACCUCCAGAGCGGCACUCUGACCCAGGAGUCGCGUGAAGAGCAGACAGGAGCCGGAAUGGACGCGCUGGACUCCUCGGAAGCUUCGCGCAUGGCUCGGCUAAACAACGAGUACAAAGAGCGCUUUGGGUUCCCGUUUGUCAUCUGCGCCAGGAUGAACGACAAGGCGACCAUCUUACGGCAGCUGUCCGAGCGCCUCGGGAACGAGCGCCCGGUGGAGAGGGCGCGCGGCAUCGAGGAGGUGAAGAAGAUAUGCCGCCUGCGUCUCCAAGGUCUGGUGCUCAUUGACGCACUGAACAAAUUAUGA